UGAUGAAUAUCGGCUCUCUUGUUGAAAGGCGUCGUUGCUCUGCUUUUCCCACCCUGAAGGUGAAGGCAAUUGGGAAGGAAGAACAUAGUGAACCACGAUUCCCACCACAACAUCAAGAAACACAGCCAGGAAAAGAGUAUCUCAUGAAGCCUCUUCCUCAAUUCAGUAACCCAAAUUACAACCCAUCUGACAAACUCCGCGGAAAGGUGGCUUUAGUGACCGGAGGAGAUUCAGGUAUCGGAAGGGCCGUUUGCUACGCCUUUGCUAAAGAGGGUGCAACUAUAGCCUUCACGUAUGUCAAGGGUGAUGAGGACAUAGAUGCCACCCACACCUUGAAGAUCAUCAAAGAGGCAAAAACGAGCGAGUCAAAUGAUCCAAUGGCAAUACCAACCGAUCUUAGAUACAACAAGAAUUGUCAAAACGUUGUUGAUGAGGUCAUUGCGAAAUAUGGGCGCAUUGAUGUCCUGAUUAACAAUCCAGCCGUGCAGUACGAAACAUAUUCUUUAGAAGAUAUAACGGAGGAUAGGCUUGAAAGGGUGUUUAGGACCAACGUUUUCUCUUAUUUCUUCAUGACAAGGCAUGCUAUCAAGCACAUGAAACAAGGAAGCAGCAUCAUAAACACCACGUCGGUGUUAGCGUACACAGGAAGCCCAAAGUUUCUUGACUACGGAUCAACGAAGGGAGCCGUCGUGUCUUUCACAAGGGGUCUAUCACAAAAGCUAGUCAACAAGGGGAUUCGAGUCAAUGGUGUCGCACCAGGCCCUGUGUGGACGCCGUUGCAAGUUGCAGCACUAGAUGAUGAGGAUAUAGUAAUAUUUGGGUCAGAGGUGCCCAUGGAUAGGGCUGCUCAGCCUUACGAGAUUGCUCCAUCGUAUGUGUUCCUUGCAUCCGCAGACUCUUCCUACUAUACUGGCCAAGUUCUUCACCCUAAUGGUGGAGAAAUCGUCAAUGCUUAG